AUGGUAGACGAGAAACAAAAGGUAGUUUCAUUCUACGAACAUGGAACGAGCCUUAUUGAGCAUGUCUUCGGUAGCUUCAUCCACGUGUUCCGCUUGACUCCUGGUGAAACUCUCUCCAACGCAGUCACCCGACAUGAGCACUACCUAGCACUAUGGUUGAAAGUGAACAAGGACCAAAAGGUCCUAGACGUCGGCUGUGGCAAUGGGGGACCAACUCGGGAAAUCGCGCGAUUUCUUGACGUCAACGUUGUCGGGGUUGAUCUGGAAGAACAUCACGUUCAACAUGCGAGGAAAUUUACAGCAGCAGCCAAACUCGAAGAUCGUGUCUCCUUUGUGGCGGCGGAUUUUAUGGACAUGAAACUCGAAGAAGCCUCCUUUGACGGUGCUUAUUCCAUCGAGGCAACGGCCUAUGCCCCCGACCUCCAGGCUGUCUACGCGCAGAUCUUCAGAGUGCUUCGGCCAGGCGCCAGAUUUGCUGUCUAUGAGCCAGUCUUGGCCAGUAAGUAUAGCGAUGAUGACCCGGCGCAUCUGGAAACCCGACGUAAAUAUGAACAGGUGUUUGCCGCGCCACCGCUGCGGGAAGCAUCAGCGGCCGUUGAAGCAAUGAAAGCCGCUGGCUUCGAGAUGGAGCUUGCGGAAGAUUUGGCAGAGCGACCAGGUAGCAUGCCAUGGUAUUACCCUAUUGAUGGGUCAUAUGGGAUGAUGGCAUCGGUGUCAGAUACGUUUGCCAAGAAUUAUUACUCGUUCCUUAUGAACUCGUUCAGGUCUCGUGGGAUCCUGUACUAUAUGGCCGGGACUCUGGAAAGGCUGAGGAUCUUGCCACCUGGGACGCGAAACGAGGCAGUGCAGAUAAUGGACGCGAUGGAUUCUCUUUUAAAGGCGGGUGAGAAGGGGAUUGUCACGCCGAUGUUCCUGAUGUUUUUCCAACCCCCAAGCCGUGUUGAUCGGUCGCCCAUUAUGGACGUGCAUGCCCUUUAUCACAUGCUGCGGCUCGAGGUGCUGCAUCCGAAACUAUUAACCUUUGCAAGGGACGGACCGCUCCCGCUUAUGUGGAACAACCUUACUACUCGGUCCAGUCCCCUUCAACGAUCGGAGCUUGAAGCUCUCGCAGGUCGCACAGCACUGAUCGCGGGUGCAACGUCCGGAUGUGGACUGCAGCUGGCCAAGAUUCUCGCAGCACAUUGUAGCCAGCUUAUCAUCACCGCGCGCGACCCCCAGCGUGGCCAGCGGGCUCUGGAAGAAAUCCGCGCAAGCCUCCCGAAUGAAACUCAAACAAAGCCCAAAAUCGAUUUGUGGCCCCUUGAGAUGGGAUCCUUCCAGUCUAUUCAGGAUUUCAACGACCGGUUACUCUCACUCCCGUCACUCGAUUUCGCAGUCCUCAACGCCGGGGUUUUCCAUCUCCGCUUUGAGCAAACAGCCGACUCGUUCGAAACCCACCUGCAGGUGAACUACCUCGCAUCUUGUCCGCUUUCACUGUCCCUACUCGCUACACUUGAACGCGGUCGGUCCCCGGACUCCCGCCCAGGAAGGCUUCUGAAUGUUACAUCCGAGGGACACGCGCUGGAGGACAUCCCCCCUGGUAAAACUGCCGACGAGAUCCUCGAGAGCUUCGGCGACCCGAAACUAUCAACUUGCUAUCAGCGUUACAGGCUUUCGAAACUGCUAACUAUGAUCUGGACGCACGAACUGGCUUCGUCUAUUGAUACUAGUGCCCACCGUGUUGAAAUUGCUUCCUUUACGCCCGGAGCUAGUCAGACGCAGAUUUGUCGGGACCUAGGAACCGGACCUAUCGUGCGCACAGUCAUGGGUCUGUUUUGUCAAUCGGCUGAAGCCGGCGCCUGGACGUAUGUCCGGGCUUUAACAGCAGAAGAAUACCAUGGCCGGUAUUUCUUUCGGGAGCGCACUUACGAGCCUACGGACUGCGUCACUGCAGAAAAACACAAAUUGUUUCGUGAAGAUCUCGUCCGACAAACUCUCACGCUGCUGAAAGGUCAAAUCUCAGUACCCUCAGAGUUGGACGACUGGUUGGCGAUCUAG